UGAGCUGCCCCCGCAGGCGCCGGCUCCGUGCGGGACGGGCUCAGCCAGGGCCUAUGGCAGCGGCGCAGGGGGUUCGCGGGUGUCUCCUGCGGGGGCCCCUCCGUGCCCGGCUGGGCAGGGGCUGCAGCUCCGGGGCUCCUGUGCGGCAGCAGCAGCAAGCGCUGGUGGCUGCCCCCGCCCCGGCUCAGGAAUUGCCAAGCACAAGAAGAAAAGGUUUCCUAACUGAACAUGCUGCCCCUUUCUCUGCUUUCCUGACUGACAGCUUUGGCCGUCAGCACAACUACCUGCGGAUCUCCCUGACUGAGAAAUGUAACCUCAGAUGUCAGUACUGUAUGCCAGAGGAGGGAGUUCAACUGACCCCUAAAUCAGAGCUGCUCACUACCCAGGAGAUAAUCACCCUCGCCAGGCUCUUUGUGAAGGAAGGUGUGGACAAGAUCCGAUUGACUGGUGGAGAACCACUCAUCCGGCCUGACGUGGUUGAUAUUGUGGCUCAGCUAUACAAGCUAGAAGGGCUACAAACCAUUGCUGUCACAACCAAUGGGAUCAACUUAGCUAGGCUGCUGCCACGGCUGAAGGAGGCGGGGCUGGAUGCCAUUAACAUCAGCUUGGAUACUCUGGUUCCGGCCAAAUUUGAGUUCAUCGUCCGGAGGAAAGGCUUUCAUAAGGUAAUGGAAGGAAUCAACAAAGCCGUUGAACUGGGGUACAAUCCUGUUAAGGUGAACUGUGUAGUGAUGAGAGGCCUCAAUGAGGAUGAGCUGUUGGACUUUGUGGCGCUCACCAAGAACCAGCCGCUCGACGUGCGGUUCAUCGAAUACAUGCCCUUCGACGGAAACAAGUGGAACUUCAAGAAGAUGGUGAGCUAUAAGGAGAUGCUGGAUACAGUCAGGCAGAGAUGGCCUGACCUGGAGAAGCUGCCCUGUGAGGCCUCCAGCACAGCCAAGGCUUACAAGGUACCAGAUUUCCAGGGGCAGAUCAGCUUUAUUACCUCCAUGUCAGAGCACUUCUGUGGAUCCUGCAAUCGGCUGAGGAUAACCGCAGAUGGGAACCUGAAGGUGUGCCUUUUUGGGAACUCAGAAGUGUCCUUGAGGGAUCACCUACGGUCCGGUGCUUCGGAGGACGAAUUGGUUCAAAUUAUAGGAGAAGCAGUGGGCAGAAAAAAGAAACAGCAUGCAGGCAUGUUUAACAUUUCCCAGAUGAAGAACCGGCCAAUGAUCCUGAUCGAGGCAGCAUUGAAGUCGACCCCACUACUGCAAGAUGCUGUGCAGAAUUCUCCAAGUUCAAAGCAAUGGGGCCACAGACCUGGCCACUGGCUAACGCCAAGAGCAAGUUUAUCCAAGCAGAUGGGAAAAGCAUUUAAGAAAAAUGUGUUUACAGGACCGCAUGCCUUGCCAGGAUCUCACUCAGAGCAACAGCAGCUUGCAGCAGAAAUUCUGCAAGCUCAGGCGCACAGCAUUUGCAUCUUCCAAAAGAAUUUGAGCUCUAGCUCGGACACAAAGUGCCUUAGGACAGGAAGUCCUUCCAUUCAGCACACCAGCCACACUGCUGUGGACAGUCACUCGGGGGCUGCGGCUGGAAACCAGUCAGAAGAAAAGGGCCCAGGAUCUUACUCCAAAGCCAUAGGUUCUGGCUUGUGCACCAGUGAACGGGGUCCCUCCAGCAGCCUGACUCACAUUGACCAAGAGGGGCGGGCGGCCAUGGUAGAUGUUGGAAAGAAGCCCGAUUCUGAAAGGACCGCUGUUGCCAGUGCUCUGGUUCGCCUGGGUGAGAAGGCAUUUGGGAUGGUGCGGCAGAACCAGCUGAAGAAAGGGGAUGUGCUGGCAGUAGCCCAGAUCGCAGGGAUUCAGGGAGCCAAACUGACCAGCCAGCUGAUCCCCCUGUGCCACAACAUCCCUCUGAGCCAUGUGGUUGUCUCUCUGAGCCUGGACGAGAGCAGAUGGGCUGUGGUGAUCCAGGCGCUGUGCCACAGCCAGGGUAAGACAGGCGUGGAGAUGGAAGCGCUGACGGCCGCCAGCCUUGCUGCCCUGACUGUGUAUGACAUGUGCAAAGCAGUCACGCACGACAUAGUCAUCGAAGAGGUGAAGUUGGUGAGCAAGACGGGAGGGCAGAGGGGAGACUUCCAGCGUGGAUAGCACUUCUCCUGGCACAGGAGCAUCCCCACGCGGGCACUGAGGGUGUGGGCCACUUUGGUGCCAUAUCUGCAGUCAGGCUGGGGAAACAGCAGCAGCAGGUAUCCUAUAAAAGAAUGUGACAGUCUCUGAACGGCCAGGCAAUCCCACUGCUGGGUGCUCCUCAGUUCAACUACUGGACAGGUCUCUGCAGGCGUCCACCACCAUCCUUGCCAGUAACCUCAGCAGAGGGGCCAAGGGUUCUGUUAGGCCUUGGGUCAAAACUGAGGCCCUUCAGCCCGGUGGUGCCAGGGAAGCUGGCCUGGCUGCUGUAACCCAUCCAGUGCUUAGACAGGUGCUCUUCAUCAGUAUUGAAUUCACUUAGCAAAUGAACACAACGAGGAGUAGUUUAUUGUAUCUUUGAUCAAUGACUGUGCCUUCAGAAUUGCUCCUUUCUCCCCAUCAAACUUGAAAUAGGAAGAAACUUCAGAAGGAGACAACGGGGAGUCAUUCUAGAGUCCUAGCCAUUGAGCAAAGAUUUUAAUAAUGGACAGAGGCCCAUCAGCUGGAAUUAUUCAGCUCAAAGUCACAUAGUCACACCCCUCACAGCUGCUUGGGUCCUAAAUGGGUCUGAUCAGUACCACAGCCAGGGGACGGGAGCUUGUGUACAUGAAUGGAAAAUUAGAUGUUGGUUGACUGAUGCCAAAUAGCCCAUGCCUAGUUCUGAUUUCACUGAGGGGCAUGAUGCUGAAUACAGAGGGCUACUGCGGUAGGGGGAACUGUAAUUUGCACACCCUGAACUGCAUUGCUGUAGUU